AUGAAGUAUCCAAUUGCUCUUAUUCUCUUAGGUUUAUUAGUAAAAAUUAAUGCUGCUCCUAGAAUUAUUGGAGGUAAAAAUGCUCCUGAUGGUAAGUAUCCUUAUAUAGUAUCCUUAAGGAGGAUUCCAAAUGACCAUUUCUGUGGUGGUUCAAUCAUCAACAAUAGGUGGAUUCUUACCGCUGCUCAUUGUGUCGAAGGCCGUGCUCACAAGUCUCUAAAGGUUGUUGCGGGCACUAACCUGAUUCACGGCGGCAAGGAGCAAGUUUACGAGUCGGAAUACAUCGUUUCUCACAAGAGCUGGAACACUCCCGCUUUCAGUAACGAUCUUGGCUUGGUCCGUGUCAGCAAGGAUAUCCAAUUCAACGAUAAAGUUCAACCGGUAAAACUGCCCACGGAGGACUUUAACAAAGUUGGCCAUCCAGUUGUUAUGAGUGGCUGGGGCACUACAAAAUUGGGCGGCACCGUUCCUAAUAAUCUCCAAGAAAUAAUCUUAAAGCUUUUCGAUCAAAAUCAAUGUAACAAAGAAAUGUCUGGACUUAUCAAUCGUGGCCACAUCUGCACCUAUACUAAGGCUGGAGAAGGCAUUUGCCACGGCGAUUCCGGCAGUCCUCUUGUUGUUGACGGUACUCAGAUUGGUAUCGCAUCUUUUGUUGAACCGUGUGCCGUUGGAAAACCAGACGUUUUUGCCAGAGUUUUCACAUUCUUAGAUUGGAUUGCUACUGAACAGGCAAAAUUCUAGUUCCAGUCAUUUGCGAAUUGC